AAAGAUGAAGGGGAAAAAGAAAACGAUAUUGGUCAUGUCGUUUUGCGUACAACUUAAAAGGACGAAAACCGGACGGCUAAUAAGAGUGAACAAGAUGUACUGAGCCGGACGGCCAAGGCUUCGAUUUAGCAGUUCCUGACCGGAAAAACUUGUAAAAACCGGUGGACUCGUUAUUAAGCAGUUCAGUUAUCUCGUGACUUCCCUGGCAAAUCACUCGGUCAGUGAGAGGUAGUUAAUUGACGGGUAUUCUCUGCGGUUUUCUGGAAAAUGGAGGGCUGUGAUUGCAAAUUCAUGGCGUUUUUGGUGAUUCUGUUGGCCACAACGAAUCCCUCCGGUGCAAGUCCGGCGAGUGUUUCUGAUUCCACUACCACAAUGCACACAAAUAAUUGGGCGAUUUUAGUCUGCACCUCGCGAUUUUGGUAGACUUUACUCGCGCGUAAUCUUCCUUGAUUUGUUUGAAUUUCUGGUGAUCAGCUUCUCAGUUAGUGAUCUACUCUUUAUUUCUCAGGUUUAAUUACCGUCAUAUGGCGAAUACGUUAUCGUUAUAUAGAACAGUGAAGAGGUUAGGAAUACCUGAUGAGAGGAUAAUCUUAAUGUUGGCGGAUGAUAUGGCUUGUAAUGCGAGGAACAAGUAUCCUGCUCAGGUUUUUAACAAUGAGAAUCACAAGCUUAACUUGUAUGGAGACAAUGUGGAGGUAGAUUAUCGAGGUUAUGAAGUAACUGUUGAAAAUUUUCUUCGAGUCUUGACCGGUCGUCAUGAACCUGCUGUCCCCAGAUCAAAACGGCUUCUCAGUGAUGAAGGGAGCCACAUAUUGCUUUAUAUGACGGGGCACGGUGGUGAUGAGUUUCUAAAGUUCCAAGACUCAGAGGAGCUUCAAAGUCAUGAUUUAGCUGAUGCCGUCAAGCAAAUGAAGGAAAAGAGAAGGUUUAAAGAGCUCUUGAUCAUGGUAGACACUUGCCAAGCUGCCACUCUAUUUUCUCAGCUUCAUUCCCCUGGUGUUUUGGCCAUUGGAAGUAGCAAGAAAGGAGAGAAUUCCUAUUCACAUCACUUGGACUCUGAUGUUGGUGUCUCUGUUGUUGAUCGCUUCACGUAUUAUACACUUGCAUUUUUCGAGAGGCUAAACAUGUACAACAAUGCAUCGUUGAGCAGUCUGUUCAACUCAUACAAUCCAAAUCUGCUGCUAUCAACUGCAUAUUACCGAAUGGACUUAUACCAACGUCGCCUGGAUGAUGUGCCUAUGACGAACUUCUUCGGUUCAGUGAUGGAAACAAUUCAUACUGAUUCAGCUUAUAGAGCAAUCAAAGACUCCAAAAGGGGUGACAUAGAGGUGGCACCGGAUCACACAGUAAAGAGAAUUCUGUCUACUACAGAUUCUCAUGAUCAAACAAGUGACGAAAACCAGGUUCAACAGGUUGCCUGCCCUUUUACACGCAUGUUGAGGAACAUAGAUGGAAUGAUGGCACAGGUCAAGGAUGCGGAUAAAGUGGUGAACUAUGGUGUCCUGCUCAUGGGUGUCUUGUUAACAGUUUCAUCAUUGAUUUCUAGAUAGAGAGGUCAGAACCUUUAACGUCUCUUUUAAAUAUCUCGUGUCAUUAAAAUUAUGGAAAAGCAUUGCCUAGAAAAGGUUACGCAUUUCUAAGAUCAUCUUUUUAGCUUAUUGUUUUCAAUGAAAACUGGUCAAACUCAAUCUUGUCUUUUUCUUGUUCAGAGUAACAGAGUGUGCAGCAUGGGUUUUAUGUUCUUUUUAAGCCCUUAAAAGAAGUUAUUGUUGUUGAUCGUCUAUGAUUAAUUGCUGCUUUUCCAUCAUGAAAGUAAUGUUGUAUUUUACAUAAUACACACGUUGUGCAUGAGAAGACUUUUUGCCCAGAAAGAUUUGUUCUUGUUUUGCUUGUGGAGAGAAAAAUCUAAUUGCAAGCUAAAGACCAAGUUAUUGUUGAUCAGCUUAAUCGUUUGGUACCUUUUUCUAUGCGUGGCUUAUGAACUUGUAAAUUUCUUAGCUGGUUACAUGCAUAGCUCUGUCUAUUGGGUUCGCCGCAUGUAAAUUUUCUGCUGAAUUAAUUCAUCUUAGCAGAAACAUUUUCCACACUUUAUGUUAUCCAUGUGUGCCUUCUAAUAUGCUCUAUAUUUCAUCGUGGUGUAGAAUAUUGAAAAGCUCUGUAAACUCUUUUGAGCACAACUUCAGGCUGCCGAAUUAGAGAUUGGAGAUGUUUUAUGCUCUGCUUCUGGGUUAAAGGCUUACUAUGAGCUGGAUCCAUGCUGACUACAGACAAGCGACUUAGACUGGAACUGAUAGAAUUGGAUUGUUAAUCAAGGUUGCUUUGAUUGUUAACUGUUUGUUCGCGCACUUAUGAUGCAUCUGAUCCACACCUGCAGUGCCUCUGUGGGGGUUUUCUGCUUGUUUUAUCUUAUUUUUCGAGGAGUUUCAAGGGGUAGGGCUUACUGGUUUUAUGUAAUUGAUAGCACUUGAUGGAGGCAAACCUAUGUAAAUGGCCGCAAAUUAUGAGAUAAAUUCUUGCUGUUAGUCAGACUGUACGUCACCGAAGCAGGAGAUAGCUUUUUGAGCGCUUUUGCAACUCGAGCUUCCUCAUUUCUGCUUCUUGGUUUUUUGUAAUGUUUUUGAAUUUGCUAUUGCAUGAGGUAAUCCACAAGCUGAUGGGAUCAGGUCACCCAUCUUCGAAGACCUUUUUAAAUGAAGAGAAAUGGGGUUCAGUUCUGGGAUUUAUCCGUAUUGAUGGAGCUGUGUAUUCUCAUUUACUUCGUCUUC